AUGUCACCAGAAGGAAGCACAAGGACCGGGAUACUGCCAGAUUGCCCAAGCCUAGACAGGAGAAGUCGGGAGGCAGCGGUUGAGCUCGAACUACGGACCUCCCAAUCAGUAAACUCGCGCAAACAAAUAUACCUUCAUACCACAUGGGCCGUUAGCUGGUCGCAUCGGCCUUAUACGCAUGGUAACCCCACGCAGUACACUCGAUUUUAUGGCCCGUUUACAGCCAUCAAAAAGGAGAGGACACGUGUUUUUAAAGUGCCUCGUUUAAAGAGUUCUUACAUAGGCGAAAGCCUAGAGGCGAACAGCCCAAUGUACUCGCGUCUUCAGUCAGAUCAACCAGAAUGUGGUGUUCUGGCGUAUGCACAUCCACGUGGUGGUUGUGUUGGCAACCACGGCCCAAAUACUUCCCAACACAAGGCGGCACUUAUUACGCAUCAACAAUUUGGACCGAGCGCAACGACAAUUUGGACGGCUGACAGGGCGAAAGGAAAGCCGUGUUGUCAGUGCAUUACGAAUAUACAUGUAUCGCGAUAUCUUGAAUAUCGUAGCAAUUGGAACAUGAGGCAGCCUAGUGCAGCACAUUCAUUUGCCGGGAAACAUCACAAACAAGAGAUUCAGCUGGGUUCCAGAUGA